AUGACUUCCCUCUUCCCACAUACACCCUACGCCGAGGACCAACGGUACGCGCGCAGUAUCCUGUACCUCCACGUCAUGCGCGCCUCGGCCAUGUCGUUUUCCUUUUUGUCGCUGGCCCAGUUUCCCGCGUCGAUUGUGGCGGCGCGGUACCGCAAGACGGCCAUCAACUACAAGGCCGUGGUUGCGCGUACACUGAAGACGAGCGGGCGCGGUCUGGUGGCUGGAACGGCUGCGGGUGCCCUCAUGACAUGGGGCCGCAUGCGAGGGCGCGAGGACAUUGAGUGGAAGGACAGGUCGUGGCGCAUCUUGCAAAACAGCGGCGAAGUCAGGACCGACUGGGUGGCUCUCGGUAGUGCGACCGGAGGCGCAGUUGCGGCUGUGGUGGCGGCGCGCCGGGGCAGAGUCAAUAUGCCGGUGGGAAGUGCGGUGCUAGGAGGGACAGGCGCUGGCAUGGCCGUUGGAGUGCCAUAUAUGGUUGCAUCGUAUGCAAUGGGGAGAAAGGCUGCUUGA